UCUAUGAAAAAACGAACCUUAUUAAACUCAAACCCGUCACUACAGACUUAGCUCGAUUGAAAGCUGACCCUUCGACUUGGAAAUUUUCUCAGUACGUAUGGCCCAAGAUAAAAUCGAAGUCCCCGAAAUCCGUUGACAUUAGCAGAAUCACCGAACUUAUAAGCCACGCGACACAAACCAAAGCUGUCCUGUCCACAAAAAAUGCAAUUGCUACUUCAUGACUUGACUACUUCCUGAUUUGCAUUUUGCUGUAAUUACCAAAAACACUACCACAAAAUCAUCCAAAUGUUAUCAAAAUUCCAAAAAGCAACAGAUAAGGCCAUGGUAUUUCUACUGAAGAAAGUACUCUCCCCUCUGUGUAUUCCAAAGCAAAAAUUACAUAUGGCAAUGAACGCCACUCCUCCUAAGGUGCAACUUCUCUAUGAUCUCUGCAAAAACAGCUUUUCACCUUCUGGGUUGUCUUAUGCUUCUUCCCAACCCAUCCUCAAGCUCUGCUCUCUUCUGGAUACAUUUGGCCCGGCUGAUGUUGGACUUAAAGAAGAAAGUCCAGAUGAUGAUCGAGGGCAUGGAUUUUUUGGACUGAAUAGAGUAGCUCGAUGGGCUCAACCAAUAACAUAUUUGGAUAUUCAUGAAUGUGAUAGUUUUACGAUGUGCAUAUUCUGCUUUCCUACUUCUGCGGUUAUUCCACUACAUGACCAUCCUGGGAUGACUGUAUUCAGCAAAGUUCUUUAUGGUUCGAUGCAUGUGAAGGCUUAUGACUGGGUGGAACCUGCAUGUAUUAAGGAAAGCAAGAAGCCAGGUUGCCCUCAAGUAAGGUUAGCAAGAUUGGUGGUUGAUAAAGUUUUUGCCGCACCAUGCGGGACCUCUAUUUUGUACCCAAAAACUGGGGGGAAUUUGCAUUGUUUUACUGCAGUCACCCCUUGUGCCGUGCUUGAUGUACUUGCUCCUCCUUAUAGGGAAGAUCUAGGUAGAAUAUGCACUUACUACAUUGACUACCCAUAUUCCACCUUUGGAAAUGGAGCUCACAUAAGCAAUGGAAGGGAAGAGGACUAUGCGUGGCUUGCAGAGACAGAAGCACCAGAUGAUCUAUAUAUGCGCUCGGGAUUAUAUGUUGGCCCAGCUAUUCAGGUUUAGCUCUCGAUAUAGCUCUUUGGUAGUGACUAGUGGAUAAUAUCACAUACUAAUCAGAAUGCUGAUUCAAUGAGCUUAUAGAUGGCUUUGCUCUUUGAUGAAUACAUAUACUUGAAACAAAAGAUGUGACCAUAAAAUUGUAUAAUCUGAAGUUUUCAAUAUAUUGUAUAAUUGCUGAUCUUUACCUUCAUUAGUUUUUCUAAAGAACAUCCCACAGUUUUUUGGUUACAGCAGUCUGGUAUUUAUUGUUAGAAUCAUUUUUAAUUCUAUCCCAA